UAACCCUUCCGGCACUAGGACCCAGCGCUCACAGACCAGCUGUAAACAUGGCCACGAAACAAGCUCACGCGGAAGCUGCACGCGCGGAACGCAGUGAGGAGUUAUUAAGCCCAUCAGAGCUGUUUCAUGCUCGGUCACGAAGUCAUAAGAUUCCUGUGAGAGGGCAGAAGGAGUUCUUGCCCACUGGCUCUGAGCAGCAGAAGACACACCUUCAGAAGAGUCUUCAGGAGCACUGGACUCUGGUGGCAGAGGAACGUGUGGAGAGACUUGGGAACCUUGUAAAUGCAGAAUGGAUUCCAGAGGAAAAGCUUGUGAAGCUGCAGUCACCAGCAGGGAAAUUCUGGCAGACUAUGGGCUUUUCACAUUGUGGAAAACAGUGCUUACUUCCAGAAGAGGCUCUAUACCUCAUGGAGUGUGGCAAUGUGCAGGUGUUCUACCAGGAUCUUCCCCUGUCUAUUCAGGAGGGGUAUGAACGCUUCCUUUCUCCUGAAACUGUGACUCUCCAUCAGUACCAGGUGUUUGGCCAUUUGAAGAGACUGGGAUAUGUGGUAAACAGAUUUGAUCCUAGCACAGUGCCGUCUCUGUAUGAACGACAGCUGAAUUUGCCACUUUCCCGUGACAGGCAGAAUAAGCAGCUGAAGAGGAAGCGCAGCCACAGCCCUGGCUCUAGGUCAUGUGAAAAACAAACCAGUAUACCCCAAGAGGAUACAGCUGUGGGUCCAUGUGAAGAUGUUCUGACUGGAGAGCCACACCAGACAAUCCAGUCAAAAAAAGAGCAAGACGAGCCAAUGGACUCCGGCUCACAUGUGGAUAGAGCUCCUGAAAGGAACUGGUGGACAGCUGCAUCAAGCCAAUCCAGGUCUAUGACAGGCCUGCCUGCAGCCCUACCGUGGGACUUCAGGUUAAUCUCUUUUCCUGACCUUGGCUCGUCCCGGGCAGCCCGUACCUGCCUGGCGGCUCCUGACCCCGAGUUACUCCCCGGAGCUCUGCAAGUGGGAGAGUGCAAGAUGGCCUCCUGGCUGACCAAACUAAAUCUGAAAGAAGAGAAAUUGUCCCGGCGGGAGCGAGAGAGGCAGAGGGAGAGGGAUCGGUACAAGCGCAGCGUUAAUGAUGACCGAGAGGUGCGUCGCUGCACGAACUGGGCCGAGUAUUUAGAGCUAAUGAAGAAGAGGAGGAGACAACGGUGUAAGGAAAGACCCGCCCACCUUUGGGAAAAGGAUGUAACACCUCUCAGUCAGCCUGGACUGUGCACUUCACACCGUGAACUGCUGGAGGAGGUCAGCAUUAUCCAGUCUUCUCAUUUGCUGGAAGAAGCGUCCAAGUUACCUCAGUUAGACCAGUGGAGGAUCAUUUUCAAUGUUUACCAGCCUGACACAGUGGCUGACUUCAAGAAGAGUCACCCUGGAAAUCCCUAUACUCGCAUGUGUGUUUGCAGCUUUGACGGUCCAGUGCCUGACCUGCGUGUUAUGAAGCAGCUGUCGUUCCAGAGCGCAGACAUCCCUGUAACAUUUGCAGUUGUGGACCAUGGAGAUAUCUCCUUCUACUGCUUCAAGGAGUUUAAGCUGCCCAGUGAUUUCUACUGAGGACUCUUGAUCAUCCAAUAAGAGACACAUACUGGCUGCACAACAUUACUUAUUUUCAGUGAUCGAAACUCACUGAUUUGGUUUUAUUGGAGCUUAAUUGCAAUAAUUAGCUAAUUUGGUUACGGUGCCAUGACACAGAUCUUCAAGCUGGAAUUAUGCGACUUACCCAGUGUUUCAGCAUCAACAGCAGCAUUUAUGCUUAUCAGUGAAUCACAGCUGGUUAAGUGAUUAAAACUUUGAACUCAAA